AUGAACCAGACUGAAAACGUCCCUUUUCACGCGGGGAUCUCGUUUCUUGUAAUUGGAUUGAUUGGAAAUCUUUUGGUCAUACGAAUUGUGCAUAAGAUGCGAGAAAUGCACACCCCGACAAAUUAUCUUCUGGUGAGUAUGGCUGUUAGUGACGUCGUCACCAUAUUGCUGUGGCCAGUGUACUACUUCGAAUUCUCAAAGGUCGUUUGCAAGUUUGUUGCUCUUGCGGAAGUUAGCAUCGUGGUUUCUUACAAUACCCUUACUGUGCUGGCGGUGGAAAGAUACCACGCGAUUCUGAAGCCAUUCGCAACAGGACUGCGGUUAAAUCACUUGUAUUUGGAUCGCAGGUUUCGUUACAAGUUUUCCGCAAUUCUUUCUAAAAGAAUGGAGCGAGACAAACUCCACAUGCAUCGGUCCCUGGACCGUACAGAUGAAUGA